UGCCCAGCAUGAUGUCCUAUGGAGAGAGGCGAGGGGGACCAGCUGUCUCCCCACUUCCAGUCCGUGGGGGACAUGUGAUGCAUGGGACAGCCUUUGCCUAUGUGCCCAGCCCACAGGUCCUGCACAGGAUUCCAGGGACAUCCACCUAUGCCUUCUCCAGUCUGAGCCCGGUGGCCCUCACAGAGCACAGCUGUCACUAUGGGGAGGUCUUAGAAUGUCAUGAUCCAAUACCUGCCAAACUGGCCUUGGAAGAGGAGCAAAAACCAGAGCCCGGAUUGGCCCAGAAGCUGCGCCAGGCAGGCACAAAUCUCCUCAAGGUACCGCUGAUGCUGGCCUUCCUCUACCUCUUUGUCUGCUCCCUGGACGUGCUUAGCUCUGCUUUCCAGCUAGCUGGAGGGAAGGUAGCUGGUGAUAUCUUUAAGGACAAUGUCAUCCUGUCCAACCCAGUGGCAGGGCUGGUGGUGGGGAUCCUGGUGACUGUGCUGGUGCAGAGCUCCAGCACCUCUACAUCCAUCAUUGUCAGCAUGGUCUCCUCUGGCUUGCUGGAGGUGAGCUCUGCCAUUCCCAUCAUUAUGGGCUCCAACAUUGGAACCUCUGUCACCAACACCAUUGUGGCCCUGAUGCAAGCAGGGGACAGGACUGACUUCCGGCGGGCUUUUGCAGGCGCCACAGUGCACGACUGCUUUAACUGGCUGUCUGUUCUGAUCCUGCUGCCCCUGGAGGCUGCUACGGGCUAUCUGCACCAUGUCACUGGACUCGUAGUUGCCUCCUUCAACAUCCGUGGUGGCCGUGAUGCCCCUGACCUUCUCAAGAUUAUCACAGAACCAUUCACGAAACUCAUCAUCCAGCUGGACAAAUCUGUGAUCACCAGCAUUGCCAUGGGAGAUGAGUCCCUGAGGAACCACAGUCUCAUCCGGAUGUGGUGCCACCCAGACCCAGUAGAGGCUUCCACUUCUAUGUCGAGGGCAGAGGCCAACUUCAGUCUUGCAAAUACCACCAUGGAAAAAUGCAAACACAUCUUCGUGGACACGGGGCUGCCUGACUUGGCUGUGGGGCUCAUCCUGCUGGCUGGCUCCCUGGUCCUCCUGUGCAGUUGUCUUAUCCUCCUGGUCAAGAUGCUCAACUCUCUGCUCAAGGGACAAGUGGCCAAAGUCAUCCAGAAGGUCAUCAAUACCGACUUUCCAGCCCCCUUCACCUGGGUAACAGGCUACUUUGCUAUGGUAGUGGGUGCCAGCAUGACAUUCGUUGUCCAGAGCAGUUCUGUGUUCACCUCAGCCAUCACCCCACUCAUUGGCCUGGGUGUGAUCAGUAUUGAGCGGGCGUACCCUCUCACCCUGGGUUCCAACAUCGGCACCACCACCACAGCCAUCUUGGCAGCACUGGCCAGCCCCAGGGAGAAACUGUCCAGUUCUUUCCAGAUUGCGCUCUGCCACUUCUUCUUCAACAUCUCAGGAAUUCUGCUGUGGUACCCACUGCCCUGCACACGCCUGCCUAUCCGCAUGGCCAAGGCACUAGGCAAACGUACUGCCAAGUACCGCUGGUUUGCUGUCCUCUAUCUCCUUGUAUGUUUCCUGCUUUUGCCCUCACUGGUGUUUGGUAUUUCCAUGGCAGGCUGGCAGGCUAUGGUAGGUGUGGGAGCUCCCUUUGGGGCCCUGUUGGCCUUUGUGGUGUUUGUCAAUGUCCUGCAGAGUCGAAGUCCCGGGCACCUGCCCAAGUGGCUGCAGACAUGGGACUUUCUGCCCCAGUGGAUGCAUUCCCUGCAACCCCUAGAUGGCCUCAUCACACGUGCUACUUUGUGCUAUGCCAGGCCUGAGCCCCGCUCACCCCAGCUUCCCCCUAGAGUUUUCCUGGAGGAGCUGCCCCCUGCCACACCCUCUCCCCGUCUUGCACUGCCUGCUCACCAUAAUGCCACCCGCCUCUAAGCUGUAGACUGAGGCUACUGCCUGGAGCAGGGAAGAGCCUUUUUAUGGAGCCCACAGUGGAAGGGCAGAAGGUUGUGUGAGUGCAUGCAUGCAUGUGGAUACAUAUCACCCUGGGUGUAUGCAUGAUUCUUUGCCACCCUUGGGCACCUGUCUGGGCUUUUUGUAACUAAGAGAUAGUAUGCACGAAUGCACGUGUUAAAUGGUCUGCGUGAUCAUCAG